AUGAGGGGCUCUCUCUCCGCAAUUCUCUUAGCCAUGACUCUGCUCCCCACCUGGGCUUUGUCACAGAGUGGAAACUCCGGCUAUCCUGCCAUAUUGCCGCUAAAGGCUCGACUGCGGCAGGCCGAAGGAUAUCAGCGGCGAAAGCGGCAAACGGCCAACAUCUCGGAGCCGCUGAGUAAUUGGUACAGCGGUACAGAUUUGCAGGCAAGUUUCAAGAUUAGGGAAUCUCCAGCCGGGCCGCAUUUGAAGCUAAUCCAUGAUAUAAAGUGGUAUGGUGAACUAAAUGUUGGGACGCCACCGCAAACUCUCACUGUGGUGUUUGAUACCGGCUCUUCGGAUCUCGUGAUUCCAUCCACACAAUGCGACGCAAAUCCUGGAUGCACCGGACUGCGACAUCGGUUCGCUCCCGAAAAAUCGGAGACAUUUACUUCCCUUAACGGUUCAUUCCGAAUUUCAUAUUCCACAGGAACCGGCGUCGCAGCUUCAGGCAAUGUCGAAAUUGAAGGUCUGAUCUCGCGAGAUACGAUAGCUGUCGCAGGUCUCCAAGUCCAAGACUUCCAGUUUGGCCUUAUUACGAACCAAUCGGCCGCGUUUGGUGUUGAUCCGUUUGACGGAAUCGUGGGUAUGGGAUUUCCGUCCGGCUUGACCACUGGCCCGCAGACAUUUCUUGGCGGCAUAAAUAGCAGCGGACAGGUCCCUGAAGCUAUUUAUGGUCUCUACUUGACGCCGCAAUCCGUAGGGCACGCGGAAAUUAGCCUCGGUGGCGUGGAUAGCUCCAAGUUGACCAGCGAUAUCAACUACAUCCCGGUGUUUCCAGUGACAGGUCAAUUCAACGGGACCUUCGACAAAGUCUAUGUUGACAAAAGGGCUGCCAAUGUGUCCUCCAACUAUGUCAUCUAUGAUUCCGGUACGGCGAAUAUCGUUGCUCCAAAGAAUGAUGCUGAGGAGAUAUAUGCCAUGAUUUCUCCGGAGAUUAAGCCCAUCGAUGCAGUGGGAACAUAUGGAAUACCUUGUUCAAAGCUGAAAGAUAUCAAGUCGUCAAUUUCUUUCACUAUUGGAGGCCGCAAUUAUACAAUUCCCUCCCAAGAGCUCAGCGUCGGGUCAAUCUCAGACCAGCCGGGGAUCUGUCAGACGCUUAUCAACAGUAGUGGUGAUGAUCAAGCGAACAGCUUGUGGGUAAUUGGUGGCAGUUUGUUAAAGUACUAUUAUACAGUUUGGGACAUCGAAAAUGCCCGGUUCGGGCUUGCUCAAACUUUGCAUUCUCCUUAG